AUAUAAGAUUGUAUAAUAAAAGACAAUAGUUUUAAAUAAAAAAUCAUUUUAAAUGUCUUCAACAGACCAAAAUAAUACACUUGUACAAUUAAUCGAAAAUUAUAAAUGUCAUAAAUGCAAAUCGAAUCAUGACCAUUAUGCAAAAUGUAAGCGAAAAAUGACAACUUAUGAUCUUUCAUUUGAUACACCUGAUGCGAAAAGGAAUCGUAACUUAAAUAACACUGCUGAAGAUGUUUCGAAUGUUUCGAUUUCUUCACCUUGGGAAACACGACGAAUGAAAUCAGAUUUAAUCGAAGCUCGUAGUAGAAUAUUGGUGCUUGAAACUCAAAUACAACAACUGCAUUCUGUUCGAAAAGAAUUAGAAUUAGUUUUUGAAAAUGAGAAAAAAGUUUUGCAAGAUCAACAUACAAGAGACCGUGACUUGAUUAAUGACUUGGAAUCGAGGAUUAAUGUUAUUCGUCGACGUGAAGCAGAAACAAAAAGUGAACUGAAUGAAGUAAGACAUAAAGCCGAUACGACUAAAAUCAAUUUAGAGAAAAAAAUUGAAGAACUGCAACAAAAUAUUGAUAAUUUAAAAGAGGAAGUUUUAGAAGUUUCAUCUAGUGAACACGAAAAUAAUUUCUUUGCAAAUCAACGAAUUGCCGAAUUAGAGGAUGCAUUGUCAGCUGCUGAAGACGAUGCUACAGCUCAAAAAAAAUUAGUGGCUGCAUUACAAGCACAGUUAUCUGAGAGUAAUGCUACGAAACGUGAUUUAGAAUUAAAAGAGCAAGCAUUACAAAAAGCGCAGCUAAAAAUAAAAGAUUUGGAGUAUGAAAAAGGAAGCUUUUUAGAAUGGCAAGCACAAACAAAAAUGCAACAAUCAAAAUUAUCAGCAUUUAGAGAUUUAGAAAAAGAAGUGGAAAAAUUACGAGAAGAAAAUCGAAAUUUACAUGAUGCAGUUCAAAAUAAGUUAUUACUGGAAGAACAAGUAUUGGAUUUGCAAAAACAUUUGGAAACAAGUAAAUCUUUACAUAAGGAUCUUGCUGAUUUUGAGGUGAAAUAUUCGUUGUUAGAAUCGAAAUUGAAUGAUUGGUUGUCACUAGCCAGAGAAUAUUGUGAACCAUUAGAUCCAUCGGAUAACAGUUUAUUACAUGAAUUUAGAAAUACUAUCGAACAAUACCAAAAAAAGGAAAUUAUUUUAACAUCUGAAAAAUCCGCGCUGGAAAAUGAUCUCAGAGCAACGCAAAGAGAUCUCACCAACAAAAAACAAGAAAUUGAAAAAACAAACGCUCAAUUAUCGGAAGUGCAAACUGCAUACAAAAAUCAUCAAGCUUUUAUACAUCGUUUACAAAAAAAACUACUUUUAGUCAGUCGAGAACGUGAUAGCUAUCGAAGUCAAUUAGAUUCCUAUGAAAAAGAAUUAACGAUAACAUUAGGAUCAGAUACAUUUACUAGCGGCCGUUCUACAACUGAAUUACUUCAAGAACGUUUAGAGAGUUGUGAACGUAUGAUGGAAGGCUAUCGUGAUCUUAUCACAAAAUUGGAAAAUGAUUUAGAAAUGGCAAGCAAUCAAAAUUCACAAGUGGCACCCGUUCGUACCGAUCAAUUAAAACGUUUACAAUCAGAAGUUAGUCAAUUACGUGCCGAAAAUGAACGAAUUAUUCAACAAAGAAGCGAACUCGAGAAAGAACGAGAAAUUCAUGCGUUACAAGAGGAUUCAAAAAUUAUUUCCAAUUUACGGAAUGAAGUACAUGAACUUCAAAAUCAAAUCGAGGUUCUAAUGAAUCAAAAUACAGAACUACAAAAACAAAUCAACGAACAUCAAAAAGAAACUAAACAGGAACAGAUUUUACAUUUUGAGCUAAAUCCAAUGGCAGAAGCUACAUCAAAAUAUGAUUCAGAAGUUGCUGCUUUAAGAAGUGAAAUCGAUCGUCUUAAACGUAAAAUACGUAAAUUAGAAGAAGGUAUUGAAAAUACUAGAAUGGAGUCAUUUGCAAGUGGAAGUAGUAGCCAAGAAAUACAAACACUAAAAGAACAAAUUAAAUCGUACGAAUUAAAAAUUCAACGAUUAAAAGAAGUAUUUAAAACAACGUCACAAGAAUUUCGUGAUGUAUGUUACACAUUACUUGGCUACAAAAUUGAUCGUGUUAGUAACAGUAAUUAUCGAUUAAUUAGUAUGUAUGCGGAAUCACCGGAUGAUUAUUUAUCGUUUCAAUUGAAUGAAGAAGGUUCAUUAAAUUUAUUAGAAACACCAUUUUCAUCAACUUUAGAAGAUCUGGUUGAAACACAUUUACAACAUCAACAAUCCAUUCCCUUAUUUUUAAGCUCAAUUACUGUUAAUUUAUUUAAUAGACUUACAUUACGAACACAGACUGUGGAUUUAUAAAAAAAAAAAAUGUUUUAAAUUUUGUAUAAAUUUUUUGUGUAUACUUAAGCGUGCAUUAAAUCA